GGGUCAAUGCGGCGCCUCCCGCCGGCCGGGCCAUGGACACCAGCGACCUCUUCACCAGCUGCAAGAAGGGCGACGUCUUCCGCGUGCGGUACCUUCUUGAACAGAGAGAUGUUGAAAUCAAUGUCCGGGAUAAAUGGGACAGUACCCCUCUGUAUUAUGCUUGUCUCUGUGGACAUGAGGAGCUUGUUCGGUACCUUCUAGCCAGUGGUGCAAAAUGUGAAGUAAACACCUUUGAUGGUGAGCGCUGUUUAUAUGGGGCCUUGAGUGACACUAUCCGGCGGGUGUUGAAGGAGUACAAGCAAAUCACAGCCAAGAGCAUGAAGAGAGAUUACUAUGAUGCCUUCCUUCAACGACUUCUGGAGCAGGGUUACCAGAGUGACAUUGUCUUUAUUGUCCAUGGAAAGUCUUUCUGCGCCCAUCGCUGCAUACUUGGUGCCCGGAGUGCAUACUUUGCAGAAAUGUUUGAGACCAAAUGGAAGGGAAAGAAUGUCAUAGCACUAAAGCACCCUCUGAUUAACCCAGCUGCCUUUGGCGCCCUUCUGCAGUACCUCUAUACAGGCCGUCUAGAUAUUGAUGUAGAAUAUGUGAGUGACUGCAAAAGACUGGCUAAGCAAUGUCGUCUGCAAGAUCUCAUUGAAGAUUUGGAAACCAAGUGUAAAAAAGUGUAUGAAUUUGUUUCUUCCAAGCCAGGGACCUGUGUGAAGGUGCUGACGAUUGAGCCCCCAGGUAACUCACGGCUGCAGGAAGACCUGGCUUUACUAGCAGACUGCGCACUGCCAGCUGAACUCAGGGUGGGUUUUGGAGAGUUGCCUUUUGACAACACUGACAACUUCAGCAGCUGUCCUGAUAUGUGUUUCCGAGUGGCAGGCUACAAUUUCCUGUGCCACAAGGCGUUUUUCUGCGGCCGCAGUGACUAUUUCAAAGCCCUCCUGGAGGAUCACUUCUCUGAGAGCGAGGAGCUGCAGACUCAGCCCAGCAUCCCCGUGGUGACGCUUCAUAACAUUUCGGAAGAGAUCUUUAUCCGGGUCCUCUAUUACAUCUACAGUGAUGACACAGAGCUGUCUCCCGAGAAUGCCUAUGAUGUGCUUUGUGUCGCAGACAUGUACCUGUUACCUGGGCUCAAACGACUCUGUGGGAGGACUUUGGCCCAGGUUCUUGAGGAAGACAAUGUCGUCAGCAUCUGGAAGGUUGCAAAGCUGUUCCAGCUGACCCGGCUGGAAGACCAGUGCACAGAGUACAUGGCAAAGAUAAUUGAAAAGCUGGUGGAGCUUGAGGAGUUUGCGGUGGCAGUGAAGGAGAAUGCCGAGGCAGUGGAGGAACGGCAAGAGACAGACUCCAUCCCCCUUAUUGAUGACAUCCGUUUCCACAUAACCAGCAACGUGCAAACCUACAGUGCCAUUGAAGAAGCUAACCAGAAACUGGAAGCCCUGGAUAAUCUUCUGGCCACCAUAGGGCUUGAAUGUUAAUCUGGGCCGUCUCUUUGUGUGACUUCAUGG